GGCCACUUCCUUUCUUCACUGCAGUCUCGCUGUCCCCACGCUGCUCCUGCCUCAUGGCACCAACGGUUGUGGCCCUCAUCCUGGGUUGGUGGCUGGUGGCAGCGAGCAGGGCACAGCAAGUGCCCCGACCCUCCCUGUCGCUGCACCCCAGCCAGGGGGUGUCCCUGGGGGACACUGUCACCCUGCGCUGCCACCUCCCCCAGCCAGCUGCCUGGGUUGAGCUCUACCAGGAUGGACUUUUGAGAUCCUACAAGUGCAUGGACGAGCAUCAGGUCAUGGCUGAGUUCUCCUUGGUUUGUGUAAAGCUGGAAGAUGCAAGGAAGUAUUGGUGCCAGUACCGGGUUUUGGAGCCACCGAGAGUAUCAGAGAAGAGUGUCCCCAUCGAAUUGGUGGUGGUGCAAGACAAGGCUCUUGCCGUAACAACAGAGGCUGCAAAGCACGAGAUGCCGUGAGAUAACCGGACCGCCUUUGUGGGACCACCAAUGGCACUGCUUCACCUCAAGAACCUUUCUGGUACAGACACAUGCUGACCAAUGUGGCAUUGUGAACUCACUUCUUUACAACCUUAUGAUGCUGCAGCUGCCCACCAUCAGACACAAAGGGAUGCCCAGAGAAGCUGCAUUUCUUGCUGUCUCCUUUUGGCCAGCACUUCUCCAGCACUGCAGCUCCCCAAAACGGACCACGAUUGCUUUUCUCCCUCCAUCUCUCACUCUUACAUUCCUUCUCUGCUUCUCUCCAUUUCCUCUCUUUCUUUCUUUUUCUUUCUCUCCCUCAUUUACAUCCUGGUCAUCUUUACUCUUCUCCUGCAGCAGCCAUAACCUCAAUUUCCCUGGAGGUAGCAGAGAAGGCAAUAACACCAGUGCCUAAGUAUCCUUUCUCUGUAUUGCGCAUUCACAGUUACUUAUUGUAAGUCCCCUAAUUUCAGUGCAGGGCAGUUGAUUGGCUGAUGGUGGACAUUUCAAUAAAUGGUCUUCUGUCGUU